AUUAGAAAAUUUUAGAAGAAUGUAUAAAAUUUAAAAUUUAAAGGAAUAUGGCGGCCAAGCUGAAGAAAGAGAUAGCAGAUUAUUUAGGAAGUGAGAAGAAGCUGUUUGAGCUCUCUGCAGAAGCUUUUAAAAUAGCAGAUGAAGAUAAUUCAGGCUACUUAGACAAAAUAGAAGUUAGAGAAAUCCUCACUGGGCUAGCUGCUGAUCUUGGAAAUGAUCCUCCAACUAGUCAACAAAUGGAUGAAGCUUGGAAUGAUUUAGAAGUAGACGGAGAUGGUAGAAUAACUAACAAGGAAUUCAUGAACUUAAUCAGAAACCUUUUGCAAAGUCUCUAUGACAGCUUAUAAUA